CUUCCCGUUUUCUCGAUCUGCUGUUAGUCCGCCUCGACUCGUAGUUCGCCCUCAACAUGCCGGAGCCAGCGAAGUCCGCUCCUGCGACCAAGAAGGGCUCUAAGAAGGCAGUGACUAAGGCCCAGAAGAAAGACGGCAAGAAGCGCAAGCGCAGCCGCAAGGAGAGCUACUCCGUGUACGUGUACAAGGUGCUGAAGCAGGUCCACCCCGACACCGGCAUCACCUCUAAGGCCAUGGGAAUCAUGAACUCCUUCCUCAACGACAUCUUUGAGCGCAUUGCGGGUGAGGCUUCCCGUCUGGCGCAUUACAACAAGCGCUCGACCAUCACUUCCAGGGAGAUCCAGACGGCCGUGCGCCUGCUGCUGCCAGGGGAGUUGGCCAAGCACGCGGUGUCGGAGGGCACCAAGGCCGUCACCAAGUACACCAGCGCUAAGUAAACCUGCCAAGGAGGGACUUUCUCUGGAAUUUCCUGAUAUGACCAAGAAAGCUUCUUACCAAAAGAAGCACAAUUGCCUUCGGUUACCUCAUUAUCUACUGCAUGCAGAAAAGAAGACUGAAGAAUGCAACUAUACCUAGAUGAACUUUCCCACAAGAUAAAGCUGGCCUCUUGAUCUCAUUCAGAUUCCAAAGAGAAUCAUUUACAAGUUAAUUUCUUUCUCCUUGGUGCAUUCCUUCUCCCUAAUAAUCAUUUACUGUUCCUCAAAAAAUUGUCUACAUUACCCAUCUCCUCUUUUGCCUCUGAGAAAGGGUACAUAAGCUUCUGUACCCCACUGAGGGGUUGAGGUAGUUAUUCUGUGGUCCCCAGCCCUGUACCUUAAUAAAUUUGUAUGCCUUUUCUCUUAAAAAAAAAAA